GGGCAGAGGGAGAGAGACAGAGAGAGAGAGAGAGAAAGAGAGCAAUUGAUGUAGAGCUGAAUCUUCAUUCUGGGUUAGCAUCUCACUUGUGAUGCCAAUAUUUGAAGCCUGAGGUACAGUGACCUCUUGAUAGACCUUGAGCAGAAAACCAAUAUCCCAAGAUGCAGUGGUGCAAGUGGGCUGGAAGCUGGAGGUCACAUUUGCCAAGACAGUCUGCCGAGUCAGAAGUUGAAGACUCCUUUGACUUUCUUUUUAAAAUCAUCCUGGUCGGGGACUCAGAUGUUGGAAAGACCUGCAUGGUGCAGAGGUUCAAGUCGGGCAUAUUCAUUGAGAAGCAGCAGAACACCAUUGGGGUUGACUUCACCGUUCGAACGCUGGACAUUGAUGGAAAAAAGGUGAAGAUGCAGGUGUGGGACACAGCCGGACAGGAGCGUUUCCGCACCAUAACACAGAGCUACUACCGCAGUGCACAUGGAGCCAUGGUGGCCUACGACAUCAGCCACCGCAGCACAUUUGAAUCCGUUCCCCACUGGAUCAGGGAGGUGGAGCAGUACGGAGCAGCCAGCGUGGUAGUGAUACUUGUUGGUAACAAGUCGGACCUCCAUGCUCAGAGACAGGUGCUGUUUGAAGACGCGUGCACUCUGGCUGAAAAGAACAGCCUGCUGGCCGCUCUGGAGACGUCGGCGAAGGAGGCCCAGAACAUAGAGGCUGCCUUCAUCCUCAUGGCUCGGGAGCUGCUGGCACGCAACGGGAUGGCCAUCACGGAUCAGAACUCUCAUUGCUCUCCCCAGUUCAUGCUGAGUGACUCCUCUCACCCAAUUCAAGCCUCCGUUUCUGACGAUAAAAAGUGCGGCUGCUGAACAACCAGAGUCAGAUUUAGCAUUUGAUACAAAUUUGAAGAUGGCCUAACGGAUUGGUUGUUCAACCAGGAAAGAACCUUCUUUAAAGACAAUGUUUGGUUGUUUGGUUUAGGUUGAGACAAAAAUUUUACACAUUUUCUUGUCAUAUUAUUUAUGAGUCUUAUUGGGAUCUUUAACAGGUUUGUCAUAUUCUUCUGGGGUGUUCUGACAACAAGCCACGCCUUUGCCAGAGGACUUUGUACUAACACCUCACCACAGUAAACACCAUUUUCACUCUCCAUUUAGCUCCCU